AUGGAUUAGCUUUUAUUCAUCCUUUUUUCUAAAAAAUAUACCAGGAAAUUAACUUUGAUAAUAUUCAUAAAACAUCACUUCUUUGAAAAAAAAAAUUAAGAGUAAAAGAUCUAUAUAUUCAAAAGAUUUUAAUUUUUUUCUGAUAUCCUUUCAUAUAAAUUAAGAUACCUAUUUUUCAUAUUUUAAAAAGAUAAGUAGAAUUAUAAUCUUUAAUAUAUUAAUUUAUUUAAGAGUAGUACAUAUAAUACUCAAUUAUCUUUAAUUUAGUUGUUAAUCGUGUUAUUAUGA